GCUGAGAACAGCUUGUCAAGGCUGAGGACUAAAGACAAUUACGUCGUAAAUAAUGUUCAUUUUCCUGCACAGGCUGAUCGUUUUACUUCAUAAAUAUCGUCAGGAGCCACAGGAUUAAUUUGGUCUUGUCUGUAAAUGCAGCAGCGACUCACAAGCAGUGUAUGAAUCUUUCAGCUAAAAAUCACCUUUACUGUUCUACUGAAGAAAAAAGUCACCUACAUCUCAGACAAUCUGAAGGUCAAAGAUGGAGCUCAAGAGUUCCAGAGUCUGUCAGAACCUCCUCAUCACAGUGACUUUGUUGAUAUGUUUCUCAGCAAUAUUCUACACGUACUACCAGCCGACCGUAAACUGGAUAAAAUUGCCCACCGUUUCCAGAUCUAAUUCUUGCACAGACAUCUGCAUCAACGCUCUUAAGAUGCCAAAUCAAAUGGAAAUGGUCAACAACACCUGUAUGGUGAACAUCAUCUCUAUCAAAAACCUAUUAACACAAACAGAUCCAGUGACACAGACUGAUCCAGACACCAUCCUCCUGAUCUGGAUGUGGCCUUUCGGGCAGAAGUUUGAUUUAGGAAUUUGCAGUUCACAGUUCAACAUCCACGGCUGCCACUUGACAGACAACAGGGAUUGGUUUAAAAGCGCUCAUGGCGUUUUGUUUCAUCACAGAGACAUCCGUGAGGACGACAUGCCGACACUGCAGCGACCUCUGUUCCAGAAAUGGAUCUGGAUGAACAUGGAGUCUCCCAGUAACUCGCCGCUGCAUUCAACUGUAAAAAAUCUGUUCAAUCUGACCACAACUUACAGACAAGACUCUGACAUCAUGAUCCCUUAUGGCCGAAUCUCAGAGAAAACUGGUGGGAGCACAACUUAUGAAAUCCCACAUAAGAGUAAACUUGUGUGCUGGAUUGUGAGCAACUGGAACUCAAACUACAAGCGUUCACAAUACUAUGAAAAUUUAAAGCAACAUAUCAGUAUAGAAACCUUCGGAUGCAGCUUCAGCAGGCCCGUUAAAGAUGAAGAUUAUUCAGAUUUGGUGUCCAGCUGUAAAUUCUACUUGUCAUUUGAGAACUCCAUUCAUAAAGAUUACAUCACAGAAAAGCUCUACAACCCUCUGAAACUCGGCACUGUUCCUGUGGUUCUCGGUCCAACAAGGAAAAACUAUGAGGAAUUAAUUCCAGGCAAUGCCUUCAUCCAUGUGGACGACUUCUCCUCCCCUAAAGAACUAGCUGAACAUCUUAAGCUUCUGGACCAAAAUGAGAGUUUGUACAGGCAGUACUUCACCUGGAGAGAACAUUUUGUUUCAAGUACAACCUCCUUUGGUCUUGAGCACGCUUGCUGGGCUUGCGAUCACAUCCGAAGAUACAAGAACUAUAGAGUAGUUAAUGAUCUCAGCAGCUGGUACUGGGGUUGAAGGACGUUAACCACAGACUUCAGUCUAUACAUUGUAUGGGUCAAAAUGAUCGAUUUGUCUUUUAUGCCUAAAAUCAUUAGGAUAUCAAGUUAAGAUCAUGUUCCAUGAAGAUAUUUUGUAAAUUUCCUACCAUAAAUUUAUCAAAACUUUAUUUAUGAUUAGUAAUAUGGAUUGCUAAGAACUUAAAUUGGAAAACUUUAAUGUUGAUUUUCUCAAUAUUUAGAUUUUUUUUUUUCUCUAAGAUUCCAGAUUUUGAAAUGGUGGUCUCUCGGCCAAAUAUUGUCCUAUCUUAACAAACCAUACUUCAAUGGAAAGCUUAUUUAUUCAGCUUUCAGAUGAUGAAAAAUCGUUAAAAAACUGGGGCCAGAAAAAAAAAAAAAUCAGAUGUAAGCUUCAAAACAGUGUCCUACAGUAUUGCGACACAUCAAAGCAGUCAAGAAUAGCUUAAAGAGGAUGCCAGUCUUCACUAAACUAUGGCGGGCCAAAAGCUUCUAAAAUAAGGGUAAUGAUUUGCCACAGUAAUUCACUAUACCAUUGCCAGUAGCUACUGAGUUUCCCACUGAUAGGCCAGCGGUGCAUCUGCACACACUCUCCUCACGUGGCGGGCGACUCACUUUCCUCAGACACGACUGUAAAUUCGACAUUGAUUUUAUACAAGAGUUCAAACGAGUAGUUAAAAUACAUUUUAGUACAAUAUUAUUAGUGUUGACUGUUGUUGCUCGAUUUGGUUAACGAAAAUAGUUCAAAACAAUGAUAUCAGUAGAACAGUAAGGCAUGUUUGAGCAAAAUACAGCCGUGUUUCGUUAUUGAAUGAUUCAACGUUUCAGAAAAAUCAUUUGAGUCAAUGAUUCAGUGGUCCAUUCAUAAAGACAGGCACUUGCUUCAUUCUUGAAUAAAACAGCCGUUUGGAAGCAUGACUCGAUGACUCAUUCAUUAACACUUGCUGCCACCCGUUGGCGGUUUACUUUUAUAUUUAAAAGUAGCUUAUCUUUGCAUUUUUUCCCAACAUUUCAUACAACAUUUUUCAACUGAUUUUAAACAUCAAGCUUAUAAUAUUACUGAUACUGUUGCAAUUUUGCAAUGUAAAUGCUUUCAUGCUGCAUUUUAGGUUUACUAAACGUGUAAAUGCAUCUAAAUGCCACAUCAGCUGCUUGUUUCUUCUGCAGUGGAACGAUCGGUUUUGUUAAUAUUUGAUUGGUAACGGCCCUUGUCUUAUUAAAUUAAGUAAAUUAUGAAUAAAAUAUAAUAAUCUGAAAUGAAAGAUUGCACAUGCAUUCAAUAUAGUUAUUUAAAUAUAUUUUAGUAUGCAGUAACUUUGGUCAUAUAAAACGUAUAUUUACCCAGCAACAAAAUUGUGGCCUGUAAAAAUGCUGAGUGGCUCGUUUUUACAAGAAAAGAUGUCGUUUGACGGCAUAACAUCCAUAGGCGGAGGCACCCACUGGCAGACGAGCCAGAAACAGAUUUUUUUUAAAUAGAUGUUCUAUAUUUCAUAUAUUUGUGUAACAUAAUUUAUGUAACAUAUUCUACAUUAAAAUACAUUUAGAAUUAACAAUGACAGCUGCACAAAGAGAGUAAAACAACAACAACAACAAAAACCCCAUAACGUUACCCAAUGCAGAGAACAGACUUGCAGCGAGCAGAGUGACGAGCUGGCCGACAAGAAGAGUGAGUUCAGGUGAGACAGACAAGACCAUGGUGGAAGUUUGGCAAUGUUUUCUUUUUUUUUUUUUUGCCGUUUAUCUAUGGUGGUUUUCGAAGUUUUUUUGAAAAUUCGUUUAUUUAUUUGGUUGUAAGUGUUUGCUGAUUUUUACUUUGUGUAAUUUCUUUCUUAUUCGUUUUUAUAUUUAAAAUGUAUGUAGGCCUAUCCUAAGUUACUUAUUUUAUAUUAGGCGUAUAGCAUGGUGUAAACAAUUUUUAUUCGUUUUGUUAAUAAGUUCUAUGAUUAAUUUAUAAGUGAGUUUAACGUUUUAUUUGUUGUUUGUAACAUUGUAUUUGUUGUAUUUGUUGACACCGAACUGCUGCUAAUUUAAAAGUUAAAGGAAAACGUGCAUUGCGUAUUUACAAGCUUUAAAAGCGAAAGAAAUCGAGUGAAAAGGAGGAAAUUGAAGAUAUGUACCAUUGAAGUUCGGAGUCAGUUUCCUACUUUCCUCAUAACUGACAAACUUGUUUCUGAUGUAGCCAAACAGUAAACUUGCAAAAGUGAGAAAAUAACGGAAAGAGAGCCCUCUCUAUCAAAACAAGUUGAGAAUUAUGAGUCGCAACUUGCCAGAAUAUGGGGCUUAAAUUGAAAUUAAUUUACCCAAAACGCACUUAUUCUAUCCACUAAAAUAAUAAGAUAAUAUACACUGUAAAAAAUCCGUAAAAUACAGUACAAUAUACCCUAAUGAUUUAAGGAAAUUUUCCGUAUUUGGUUUUUACAGGUAUUUUUCCAUAUUUUUGAAUUACGCUUUGCAUUGUGGGAACAAGAACCUGGGUGGCUUAUAGGCGGGAAUACAGUGAAGGGAAGACGCGAAGAGUUUCUCGGUAAAAGUUUCAUUUUAAUGUCGGGUUUCGAAUUUGAGAAAGCCGGUUUUACUCUUUGUGGUAAAUUUUAUGUUGUUUAAUGUACCGCAGUAAAGAUAGUUUGUGGUUUGGUAUUCGGAUUUCUUUUGGCUAUAAAUAGGCAGCAUAAGAAUGUUGGGUUAGGAACGCGGACCCGAGAGAGAGCAGGCACGUCGUGUUCACCGUACGUCAAAAAAGUGCGAGAAACCGCCAUUUUCUCAGCGUCUGCAGAUGGAAGCGAGUGAAGGACGAUUUUCGAACUCAAACCAACUUUGGAGUUAACAACACAGAAGCCUACUUGUGCGAGGAGGCGAUCUUCUCAGCUUCUUCCUAAGAGAGGGAAAGGUGGUUUAAGGCAAGUAAAGGUCAUAAUGUCAUGUUAUCAGUUUUUUUUGUCUAAGAGUAAAACAACAUUUUUACGUAGGUGAGCCAGAAACAUAGGUGAGCGCUUAAUUCUUUUGAGAUUGAUGCAAGUUAUUUGUAGAAAAUACAUGUUUCUGUUGUCUCCUGCUUCUUUACUUAACAUUUUGAUGCAACAACAGUAUGAUGACUUGUUCACAUUUUAAUUAAAGCACUGAUGUCUGUGUUUUUCAUUGCAAAACCUAAACCAACAUUGGAGUUAAUGACACAGAAGCCUGCUUGUGUGAGGAGGUGAUAUUCUCAGCUCUUUCAUAAGAGAGGGAAAGGUGGUUUAAGGCAGUGGUUUUAAAGGAGGAGGCCACCCUGGAUAAUGUCAAAGAUGUCACACACCUUUGCCGAGCUGAUGGGGCUUCAUGACUACAUCAAUUAUCUUAAAGAGAUAAUGAAAAUUGGCAGUGAUGCAUUUUCUGUAUGCGAUCAUGGACUAUGAAAAAAACGUGUAUAGUCUGUAAAAACAAAAUGAGUUCACACUCAUUCACACACAUGCUCACAAUACACAUUGUGAGCAUGUGUGUGAAUGAGUGUGAACUCAUUUUGUUUCGCUAGUGUUAAAUGUUAUAAUGUCAGUGUUAAUGUUGUGGUUUUAUUUUUAGUUUGUGUAAAAAAAAAAAAAGGAAACUAUUAACUAAUUGUACAAAUAUUGUAGUGUUUUUGUAUAGUAGUUUUAUACAAUAUACAAAAUUUACCAGACAAAAUAGUCAGCAAAUGUUCAGUGCUUCAUUUAUAAACUCUGUACCUGCUAAUACUUUUUCUGCAUUUCUUUUCACAUGCAUGUUACUUUUGAAUGUUUUCUCUUGUUGUAGUUUUUAAUAAACAUUUAUCUUUUGAUAGUCA